GAAAUAAAGCAGCAUCUCGAAGCGUGUGUACAGAAAGCUCGGACUCGUCAUGUUUAAAUUCAUUAUUCUAGCUGUCGCGGUCGCCGCGGCUAACGCCGCUCCAACAUCUCCAUCGACGGCCAAACAGGAAACUUCCGCCGACUCCAUCCCCCUACCAACCCCUACACCGGCUCCAGCACCGGCUCUAGCACCGGCUCUAGCUUCGUCACCUUCGGCAUUGGCUACAGCGAGGUCUCCCGCAUCUGCAAAGGCUCUCACCACGAUAACCGAGAUAAAAACACCAGCCUCGACAACGAAACUAUCGCAUCUGGUAGCACCUCUAGCGACCUCCGUAGCUGCGGCCCCCAUUCUCUCGCCUCUACAGGUGUCCGCGUACGCUUACGCGUUGCCAGCGCUGGCGCCACUCGAACUAGCAGCAGCACCAUCCACUUACUCGAUCGAACAGCACGGAUAUCGCAUUAUCUACUGACGUCGUGAAUCGUGAAUCAUCGUUCGUUCUGGGA